AUGCUGAACAGCGUGUUUGGGUGGGUCAUGAUUGGUCCCACCUCUCCUCAGAAUCCUGCAUCUCCGACCGAUUGUACCGCCACGUCCACAAUCGUCUGCAUGGCAUCCCUGGAGGAGUCUCUAGAACGCUUUUGGAAGCUAGAAGAGUUAAGCGUCAAUGAUUCGUACUCACCUGAUGAGCGGCGAUGCGAAACAUUGUAUAAAGAAACCACUCAGCGCGACGAGUCGGGUCGCUAUAUUGUACGAUUGCCCAAACAGACCGACUUCACGGAAAAGCUUGGCCAGUCUAAAACUACCGCUUUGAGACGCUUCGAGCUGCUGGAGAGGAGGCUAGAACGCAACCCACAGCUCAAGGAAGACUAUCAUGCCUUCAUGAAGGAGUAUUUGGAGCUGGGGCACAUGUCGCUCAUGAACAAAGAUAGUGGGGAUGAACGGGCGUACUACCUACCGCACCAUCCCGUAUUUAAAGCCUCCAGUACCACCACGAAAGACGAACUGCUUGAUAUUGUGUUGCGAUUCCGCACUUACCAAAUAGCACUUGUGGGAGAUAUAGCUAAAAUGUACCGACGAAUACUGCUGCAUUCUGAUGAUUGUCGAUUGGUGCGCAUAUUCUUUCGAUUUUCGCCGCAAGCUCCGAUCCAAGUAUAUGAGCUCAACACCGUUACAUACGGACUAGCACCUUCCUCGUUUCUGGCUACACGCACACUUAUCCAACUAGCAGAGGAUGAAGGGACUGAGUAUGCGCUUGCACCUGCAGCCCUGAAACGAAACUUUUACGUGGACGACUUCAUUGGUGGUGCCAAUAACGUUCGCGAAGCUGUUCAGCUGCGUAAGGAGUUAUCAGCGCUACUUGCCAAAGGUGGGUUUGAGUUGCGCAAGUGGACCUCAAACAAUCUGAGCGUACUCUCCGGCUUAAGCACCGAGUAUAUCGGCACACACUCAUCGCUGCAUUUUAUACCCAACGAGACGGUCAAAGCACUCGGCAUCUCGUGGAAGCCUGAAUCGGAUGAGCUGUGUUUUGAAUCCAACACUGAGGCUGAUGAAGCCACGUCGACCAAGCGAUCUAUUUUGUCGAGCAUUGCCAAAAUGUACGAUCCGCUCGGAUUGAUAGCACCGGUGAUCGUGCGUGCUAAGAUGCUGAUGCAGGAGCUAUGGCUACUCAAAUCCGGCUGGGAUGAACCUGUUCCUAAUCACAUCUGUAAAAAAUGGAAGGCGAUUCAGAGCGACUGGAAAACGUUAUCCGAGUACAGGACUAACCGUUACGCUCUCUUACCAGAUGCAACAGUAGAAUUUCACACAUUUACCGAUGCUUCUGAGGCCGCCUACGGAGCAUGUGUCUACGCUCGUUGUGAAAACGCGGCGGGAGAAGUCCGCAUCAGCCUAUUAGCUUCGAAGUCUCGAGUGGCACCACUGAAGCGCGUCACGUUGCCGAGGCUUGAACUAAGCGCAGCUGUCCUGGGCGCCCAUCUGCAUCAUCGCGUCAAGGAGGCAAUGCAGAUCGUGUGCGCCGAAUCGUUUUUCUGGUCCGACUCAACAGUGACGCUAAAAUGGAUUGCGUCACCUCCCAACUCCUGGAAGACGUUCGUGGCAAAUCGAGUAGCUGAGGUGCAACACUACUCUCAUCCAAGGCAAUGGAGGCACGUUCCUGGCACAUCCAAUCCUGCUGACUUGGUUUCCCGAGGCAUGUCGGCAGCACACUUCACGCAGAAUCAGCUUUGGAAUAACGGUCCAGAUUGGCUUGUGCAACCUUCGUCCCAUUGGCCCAGCUCAGAUCCAGAACCAAGCGAUGAGGCGGACCUAGAAACACGCCAGAAGAAGGAAUACGGGUGGGAGGACGAUUGA